UGUAGUCGUUCUCGACACUCGCGCAUUUUCUGCCAGUCGUUGGAGGAACUCUGCUGGAUUUCAGUGUUCUUGUGUUAGAAAGGAUACUGUUUGUUUUGGUUUCUUUCGUUCUUUCUUGUGCUUUUGUGGAAUAAAAAGUGGAAGUAGAAGGUUUUGAGACUUGUCGGUGUCGUUUUGUUGUCAUCGAGAUGGAAAAACGCGGAAUAAAGCAUCCAAAGUGGCUGAAGGACUGAAUUGGCUGGCCUCCUGCUCUCCCUUCACCACACACUGGCAUAUUUGGAAGCUGAGUGGCAAUGGCCAAGUGGUUAAAAGACUAUCUGAGCUUUGGCAAGAAGGUGCCUCCACAGCCUCCAACACCAGACUACACAGAGAGCGAGAUCCUCAAAGCCUAUCGGCUCCAGAGAGACCUCGAUUUUGAAGAUCCCUAUGAGGACUCAGAAAAUAGAUCCAGGGGGGAGUCUGGAACGUCUGAACCUGCAACACCCAUCUAUGGGUCUCCCAUGAAGUCAUCCAGUGUGGAUGUGAAGUCUCCUAAACACAGACUGAUCAAAGUGGACUCACAGGAACUGGGACGCACCAAGAUCCUACUUAGCACCAUCUCUUUAGAGGAUCAGCAAGAGCCCGUGGUGCCGUCCGCUCCGUUGGCUGGAGACACAGAUUAUUCGGACCCAUUUGAUGCUCGACUGAACCACCGACCAGACCCAGAUCUUCGACCUGUUCCCUGUGAGAACAACGGCUAUAUGGAGCCCUAUGAGGCCCAAAGGGUCAUAACAGAGCUGCAGCGUAACCCAGGAGGAGGACGGGCGCGUGGAGGGCUGCAGCUCUAUGACACCCCCUAUGAAGACAUCCGAGGCCAGUGUCUGGGUUUGGUGUAUGGAGAAGCUCAAGAAGACGGCAAGGAGAGCAGCAGGCUGCCGCAAGAUGACGAGAGACCGGCUGAUGAGUAUGACCAACCCUGGGAAUGGAAAAAGGACAACAUCUCUAAAGCUUUUGCAGAAAUGAGGGAGUUGGCGGAGUUGCCUUGGCCUGCCCCUGUGGGUCAGCUGGAGGAGGAGCACCCCACCAAAGAACAAGUGCAGUUUGAUAAUACAGAGUGGGAUCGCUCCUCAUCGCCCACAGAGCGGUUGCGUCCUCUGGGGCCCAGAUCCAGUCCGCUGGCAGGAGGGGGAAUGAAGUUUCGAAUGCCCCACGAAGGCCUCACAAUGGUGGGGGAGAGAGUGGACCCUACUCUGCCUCUGGAAAAGCAGGUGAUAAAGACAUUUCUACAGGCAUCAAACUGUACUGGCAAUGCAGUGAGUGAUUCAGUGCUCAAACAUGGAUCACUCCAAGUACAUUGAAGAGUUGGAUGUUCAGAUGUAGAAUCAAACCAGGUACUUCAUAACGCAGAUACAUGUGUUGUAAAUUAACUAAGAAAAGUCUGUAAAAAUAUAUGCAUUGCUGCUAUACGCACACCUAAGGCAUCCCUAUAAAAGUGAUUUUGAAAUUGGGGGAUUGUAGGUGCCACAAAAAAAACUAAAACUAAAAAAAGCCAAAGCUUGUCUGAUUGCUCUGCUUUGAUCUAUUAAGGACUUGGGCACAUUAAAGUGAAACGAUUAUGUGUUUCGGCUAAGCAGCACUCAUCAGACCUUGCAGGACUGAGUAAGGUUAGAACGAGAGCUAAUUAAGUCAGAACAUUAAAAACACACAUUUACUUUAGUCUUAAUUUCAGACAUCAUUGGUGUAAUUUAUGUGCUGUUUCUGCGCACAUUAAGGGCCGUGUUACUAAUGAAAUCCAAGCACACACACCCCUUAAGCACAGAUACACAUUCAAACACACAUGCAACACUCCGGGUUGCUCUCACAAGCCUGAACCUUUGUACAAAUUCACAUGAGGAUGGUGUUGAUUAUUACGCUCCAUUACUCCCUGAUGAUCUCUUAGAGGCUGUUUUGAGCUUUGUGGUUUCCUCCACGAGAAAACAGCAUCUCUGUCAGUCUGUAACAUACAGCACCCCUUGCUCAGCCAUCUCCUAAUAAAAGCUCAUCGUUAUAGAAAUGGAUAUUGCAAUAUCCUUUUUUUUUUUUUUUUUGAAGCCCCCCCUUUUAAUGACACUCCAAAGGUUCUUUGCACUUUGCUCUAUCAGUCUGUCCAACGCUUAUGUUCACACUGAAGGUUUUCAACAGUGAGUGAUGCACUGCAAUAAAAUUCUGUCCAGACAUUCAUGCUUGUCAAGAGAAAGAACUGAUGGGUUUGGCAUUUGCAGUUUUAAGUGCUCAACUGCUGGAUGAAUUGCAGCGAACUUUGCUUCAGAUAUCUGUGUCCCACUGAGGAUGGAUUUUAAUUUGUGUGAUCCCACAACCUGCUAGCAGGGAUCCUGGCUUGUUGACAUUUUAGAGCUAGGAAAGUAAAAUGCGUGGUGCUCUGAGUUUGUCAUCAUUACAUUUUUUGUAAUAAUUUUUAAAAAAUGAAGAAAGAAGGAAAAACUAUACUCUCAGGUCCACAUUGUACCAAAGACUGCUGCUGCACUUACCGGGGUUAAUCUUACAAUAUAUUUUUAUAAUAUCUUGUCAAAUUAAACCUUUCACAUAACACUACACGUGUCAACAUCUGUUCCCAAAGGUGUAAAACACACCCUUUUUUUGUUUAUUGGUUUUGGCUUUUUUGCCCCUCAUGCCUUGUCAUGUCUGUGUGUUU